AUGGGGCCCACUGACAUGGACGUCAACACCGACGCGACGUCCAUGAAUGAGCUGGUGCGCGAGAAGCUGGUAGGCGCGCUGCGCGUGCGCCAGCUGCAGCGCAGGGAGGAGGCGCUGGUGGAGGAGCUGGAGGCUCAGCGGCGGAACGCACGGGCGUCGGCGGAGCAGAUGGAGAGGGAGGCCACGGAGCGUAGGGAGCUGCGAUCGGAGGUCGACGCCCUCCGGCGAACCGGUGAGGGGCUGCAGGGGCGGCUGGAGGCUGCUGAGAGGGAGCGCCGGCGAGCGGAGUCGAGGCUGGGGGAGGCGAACGCGGCGGUGGCCGAGUACAGGAAGAAGACGGAGGAGCUCGUGGUUGAGAAGUCCGAUUUGACGGCGCGGCUGGCGCAGCGCUGGGAGACGUUGGCUCACCAGCACAGGCAGGCCAGUGAACAGCGUACAAUCGUAGAGGCUGACAAAUUAAAGCACUUUGCUGAGGAGAGGGCAAGGCAAGCUGAGUCACAUAUCAGGGACUUGUCAAGGUCAAAUGCAGCUCUGAAAGGACAGAUCGAGGUUCUGAAGCUGGAAAAGCGACGGAAUGAAGAUCUGCAAGUAGAGACUGCUGAUUUGAAGCAGCAGCUCUUGGAAAAGACGGCCAACUUCGAUGGACUCAGCAGGAAGGUGUCUGAGAUGCAGAAGGAACUACAGGCAAAAGAAAAACUGCAUCUUACUCAAUUGUCAAGAGUAGAGAUGGAAGUAACCAAACUCAGGGAGGCAGGAGAUAAAUGCAUGCAACAGGCUCUUGAAGCAGAGAUCCAGUUCAAGGAGAAGCUGAGGGACCAAGAAUUGGAGUAA